UGGUUUAGUUUCUUCCUCGUGACCUUUUACCCCAGUUAAUGUCAGAAGCCUUCUAGUCUUGCUAGUGCUAGUCGUAUUAUUUGUCAGACCGACAAAUAAACUAAAAAGAACACAGAGAGAAAGAUGUGGGACGUUAAAUGAGCGUUUACGCCAGAUUUGCAGCCUCAACAUCUUUACAGUAAUGGCGAGGAUUUUCCUCAAAACACUAAUACUGAGGACAUCUCUGGAAUAUCUGAGACUCCAUGUCACUUUCUCAUCUACAGCCACAACUAGACUUUCACCUGUAAUCUUCUGUAGUUCAUUUCUCCAAAGCUGCUCAUGGCAGUUUGGAGCCUGCUCUCGAAAGCUGCACGUUGAAGCAGAUGGACCCAAGCCAUCCCCUGCUGCAGCCCCUGAUAGACUGCCUUUCUCUACAGUAACUCAGGAAGAUUUGGCCUUCUUCAGCAAGAUUUUACCAGGCAGAACUGUCACUGACCCAGACCUGCUAGAGUCAAGUAAUGUGGACUGGCUCAAAUCAGUGCGAGGUUCCAGUGAAGUAUUGUUGAGACCUCAAACAAGAGAAGAAGUUUCUCAAAUUCUCAGAUACUGUAACGGUCGUAACCUGGCAGUGAACCCUCAAGGAGGCAACACUGGGCUGGUUGGGGGUAGUGUCCCAGUUUAUGAUGAGAUAAUCCUCUCCACUGCCCUCAUGAACAAAAUCCUUUCCUUCGAUAGUAUCUCUGGUAUUCUGACUUGCCAGGCAGGUUGUGUUCUGGAGAAUUUGUCCCUCUACCUGGAGGAAAGAGACUACAUCAUGCCACUGGAUCUUGGAGCAAAAGGCAGCUGUCAAAUUGGGGGUAAUGUGGCAACUAAUGCAGGUGGGCUCCGGCUGCUGCGAUAUGGCUCCUUACGUGGGACUGUGCUGGGUCUGGAAGUGGUGUUGGCAGAUGGGCAAGUGCUGGACUGCUUGGCCAUGCUGCGGAAAGAUAAUACUGGAUAUGACCUUAAACAACUCUUCAUAGGGUCAGAGGGCACACUGGGGGUCAUUACAGCAGUGUCCAUCCUUUGUCCACGGAAACCCAAAUCUGUUAAUGUGGUUUUCCUUGGCUGUGAGAACUUUGAGCAGCUGCUGAAGACAUUUAAGCUCUGCAGAGGCAUGCUGGGAGAAAUCCUGUCAGCCUUUGAGUUUCUGGACAGUGAAUGUAUGAGACUGCUGAAUACACACCUCAAACUACCCAAUCCCAUCUCUGAUUGUCCUUUCUACGUUGUCAUAGAAACAUCAGGCUCAAACCCGACACAUGACGGGGAGAAACUUCACGAAUUUCUAGAGGAGGCCAUGACGUCUUCAUUGGUUACUGAUGGGACUGUUGCAACUGAAGACACAAAAAUCAAGGCUCUGUGGUCGAUGCGUGAACGUAUCACGGAGGCGCUGAUUCAUGACGGCUUCGUCUACAAGUAUGACAUCUCAAUUCCAGUGGAGCGGAUCUACCAGCUGGUGACAGACAUGAGGGAGCACCUGGGGGGCCGGGCCAAGAGUGUGGUGGGAUACGGACAUGUAGGUGAUGGUAACCUCCACUUGAACAUCACCUCUCCUGUCAAAGACCCUGCUCUCCUUGCUGCCAUCGAGCCGUUUGUCUACGAGUGGACGGCCAGCUGUAAGGGCAGCAUCAGUGCUGAGCAUGGGCUGGGCCUGAAGAAAAGGAACUACAUUUACUACAGUAAACCCAGCCAGGUUGUGGCUAUGAUGGGUGACAUCAAGGCCAUGAUGGACCCCAAAGGCAUUCUCAACCCAUACAAGACUUUACCAGAUAACCUCAAAUAGGCCAGAUGUCCAUGUAGAGACUGUGGUACGGCCAGUCGUGGGUCCUUCAGCAAGGCCCUUAGUGCUAUUUGCUGAGCGAGGUACACCAUGAACCCUACAGCAGGGGAAGCCGGUACGUCAGCCAGGACGCCAGGGGAAAGUGGGAAGAUGUCAUCCUCCCCCACAACCAAAGAUGGAGAAGACCACAAAGAAGAAGAUUCGCUUUUCACACAGGUAAACUAUAAGGGCUAAGACUAGGGAUAGAUGCUGUGGGUAGGUGAUGGGGUCCUCCUGAAACCAGCAGGCUGGCAACAUGAGUAGAAAAGAGAAAGGCAUACCUGUACAAAGUGAACUAAUUCGGCAUAAACAAAUGUAACCUAAAAGGGGCUUCAAAUGUGCUGCCUAGUGUAACUCACUAUAAAUGUAUUGCAGAUUCAGAAUCUGCUUGAGAAACACAAAUCUUUAAGAUUUCUACAGUAUUUAGGUAAUUCUGCAUACUUAGUGUUCCAAAAUGUAAACAAAUAUAGGCUAAAAGUUAAGUGCUUCAUUCAGCCCUUGGUAACUUCUCAUGUUCCUUCUUCCUGAUGGGCCUGUUAUCUAAUCUCCCCCCUGACCUGUCAUCCUGGCUCCCCCUUGCUGUAGCAUUCAUGUUGUACCUCUCUCAGCAGGUAGCAUUAAAACAAUAGACAGGUGCCGAUAUUAUCACUGAAAUGGCUUUCACUUGUAAUUGUUUCUCCCCUUCAUGACUAAACAACCCUUCUUAGUGCACUGCCAAUGUAAGUGAUGGACAAAAAUCCAGUUCUUGUUUUGAGAGACUAUUCAGAAGUUUAAGUUACAGUAACAUAAUGCUUCAGCAGACUGAGUUAAACAAAUCAAAUGUGUCAGAAGCCUGCAGUCUUUGCAAGCACAAAUUUCACUCUUAUAGGACACUUUCACACCUGCCUUGUUUAGUCCAGCUGAAUCGAACCCUGGUUCAUUUGUGGUUCAGACAUGAUCUGACCUCGAACUGGGUCAACUACAGGGACUGCAAGGCAAGUCUGAUCAAGGCAGUACAGUAUGUAAUUGUAUAUGAUCUCCCAUCACUUACACUGAAAGUACAAUAGGGCAAGAAUCGGUUGGCUAGUAUGAACAGUAAGAAUACUUACAGCAACGAAAAUCUGUGUUCAUAUCGACAUCGGAAUAUAGUUUCAAGUCAGACUUAUCCUUUAAAUAUUUACUUAAAAAGCAUCUUUUCCUAAAUCAUAACGCAAGCUGGCUAAUCAGUAGAUAAGAGUGCAGUAACUGUUUUAUUACAUACAAAAAAGACAAAGCAACAUUUUAUUCCAGAACAACCCCAGCAUUUGUAAACAAAUUCAUUUGUAACCGCACACCUAGACAACUGUAUGAGUUUUCAAAUGGAUAGUGAAUAAAACUGUUUCCAAAUGAAGAUGAAAUGUUUUGGGGGGGGGGUUUUCCCCAGUAUUCAGGCAACUCAAACAGUAUGGCAUGAUGGCUUGCUACAGAAAGACUUCACCUCCAGUAUCUUAAAAAAAAAUUCCUCUCUGCUUGCACAGAAGACUUUUUUUAAAUUAGCCACAGUGAGUUUAUAAAUGUGCCAGGCAGAGAGGAUCACUUCAUUUCAUAUUCCUAUAAGAUGUAGAGUAAUUCCUAUUGGCAGGUACUUAACUGUGCGUCUACUCCAGGAACCACAUCUAUUAUCUGUGUUUUAUCCUGUCUGUAACGUACAAGAAAACAAGCUUAAUGCGAACAUUUUCCUAACUUUUCCAUUAUUUCUCAACAAAUCAUUUCCUACUAGCUCCAGCAACGACAAUAUGGGUAAUAAGUUCAGUAGAGUAAAUGCCUAUACAUGUAUAGAGUCAGUCUCGCGCACCAUCUUACAUCAAUCUUACAUAUCCUCAGUACGGUAUCAGUGGAGGUUUAAUACGUAAAUAUACUAUUUUUUAUAAAGUUUAAAAGCAAUUUUGAUUCUGGUGGCUCUUCUCCUUUUGUACGUAAACGUGUUUUGUACUGUGUGUCAACAGUUGGCAUGUUCAUACGUAAGCGCAUUGCAUUCACCAAAGGGG